AGCGGCAGUCAGCGCAGUUAGCGCAGCCCGUGGAGGUACAGUGUCUCCGGGCGUCGUCCUGUUCACUUUACCGACAGCAACGACAACAGCGACAGUAACGACAGAUACAAGAUGGCCCAGUGGAAGGAACUGCUGAGGCUGAACUUACUCCAGGGUCCAUUGACCCAGAUCUAUGAGAUGAAAUUCCCAAGACACAUCCGCCACUCCCUGUGUUUCAUCAUAGAGAGCCAGGACUGGGAUUUGGCUGCUGUGGAUGAAGAUAAAGCACACGCUUGUUUCCACUCACUCCUGGAGUAUUUGAAACAGCAGUGGAACCUUUCCCUCCAGGAGAACAACAUUUUGCAGGGGCCUGAUUUUCCAGGGAUCAGCGAGUACUUGGUGAAACACUUUCAAGAUGAUCCACAGCGCUUGGCUGCAAUCCUCUCUGAAUGCCUGCAGGAGGAAAAGAAAAUCCUGGCUUCAGCCUCUGAGCAACAGAGUUGUAGCAGUCCAGCUGUGGAGAGAGCUGAACAAAAAUGGAGAGAGCUGGACAACGCAGUCAAUGAACUGAAAAGGCAGACAUCGGAGAUAAAGAAGGAAAUAAAGUCACUGGAGGUCCUGUAUGAAAACCAUGACUACAUACAGAAGGCCUGGCAAAGCAAAGUGGAGCAGUGCACUGAACUGGCCCAGUCCAUUGCUGCUGUGAAAGAGAAAUGUCUGGAGCAGGCCAUUUUCAUCGUCCGAACAAAUCAGUUGGUGCUGCUGGAGAUGGUGAAGAUUUUAAAACAGGCGGAGCAGAUCAUCAGCACUCUGACUGAUGUGGAGCUGCCUGAGUGGAAGCGCAGGCAGCAGAUGGCCUGCGUUGGGAGUCCGGUCGACACCUGUCUGGACCACCUCCAGAAGUGGUUCACAGGUGUGGCGGAGGUGCUAAUACAAGUACGCCAGCAGCUGCUCAAACUACAAGACCAGAGCAAGAAAUACAACAUCACUGAUGCCUCCAGCCUCCCUGACGAAACGGAGAAAUUUGCACUGUCCUUGCUCACAAAACUUCUUACAAAUGCUCUAGUGGUUGAGAAACAACCCGUCAUGUCCAGUAUACCACAGCGACCUCUGAUACUUAAGACUGGCGUGCGGUUCACAGCAGGAGUGAGGUUCUUAGCAAACCUCCCUGAAUUCAAGUGCUUGCUCAAAGUCAAACCUGUAUUUGACAAGGAUGUUGAAGAAGCGAUGACUGUGAAUGGGUUCCGUCACUUUGAUUUCAACCGGGACAACAGUAAGGUGUUGGAUGUGGACAUGCCUGGUGAAGGCUUGCUGGCAGAAUUUACACACAUGUCACUCAAGGAAUGCAAAGUAAGAAGCAAAGGAUCAUGUGAGAGUCGCCUGGGAGUCACUGAAGAACUCCACAUCAUUAAGUUUGUGACGGUGAUUCAGCACGCUGGACUGAGCUGUAACAUCGAGGCCAGCUCCCUGCCUGUGGUUGUCAUCUCCAGUACCAAUCAAAUCCCCAGUGCCUGGGCCUCCAUCAUGUGGUUCAACAUGUUGUCCACCAGCGAACCGAGGAACCUGUUGCUGUUUGUCGACCCUCCUCCACUCACCUGGCAGCAGCUGUCACAGGUUCUGAGCUGGCAGUUUUUGUCUGUGGGCCAACGAGAACUGGAUGAAAACCAGCUCUCCAUGCUAAGAGACAAAAUUGUGGAUGAUCCUAAUGGUCUCGUUCAGUGGAGCAGGUUCUCCAAGAAUGAAUGUGCCUGGAUUUGGAUCGAUGGAAUCCUGGAUUUGAUCAGAAGACACUUGGUGGAUCUUUGGCGGGAUGGGUACAUCAUGGGGUUCGUGAGCAGGAAGACGACACAGGUCCUGUUGCAGGAAAAACAGACCGGGACCUUUCUGAUCCGCUUUAGCGAGAGCAACAGAGAUGGAGCAAUCACUUUCAGCUGGGUUGAACACUCUGGUGGUGAGACCCAUGUGCAUGCAGUAGAGCCCUACAGCAAGAGGGAGCUGAUGGCCAUGUCCCUGCCAGACAUUAUUUACCUCUACAGUCUGAGUGUGCAGGGGAGCAUGACCAGGAAUCCUCUGAUCUAUCUUUACCCAGACAUCCACAAGGACGUUGCCUUUGGACGCUACCGAACCAUCUCUGAAAAGACAUCGAAAAAGGACAUAGAUGGCUACAUUGACAGAAAACUCGUCCCUGUCUCAGUCUAUCCUACACCACCUCCAUCCCCACCUCAGGAGAUGCACAUGGACAUUGAAGCAGACAUGAGUACAGAGGAUCAUCAGCUGAUUCAGGAGCUCUUCAAUGACAUCCUUGAUUUACCUGAAUCUCCUAUCUUCUGGGCUUAUCAGAACACGCCUUCCACUCAGACCUACUUUUUCAGUCCCAGCAGCCCACUCUGCUGAAACUGAAACUGGGCCAGGUCGUGAUCACCAUGGACAACUUUACUCCUCAGCUGUAAUACAAUAUGGAACUGCACAAUCCAAAAUACAAAACAAGAAAACAGGUCACUUGCUAUAGAAAAAGAAAUGUAAUGAAAACACUGGUCAGUAUGUGUAGGAGGAGUAUUCGACUGUAUAUUAAAAUAAAUAUGUGUUGAUUAAAUUUACAGGGGAGUUCAGAUUCUGCUAAAUGCAUAUAGAUACUACAAAAAGAUACGAGUACUGUUAAGAUAUUUGGACAAUGUAAGUUUUUAUUUUUACAAGUGUGUUUGUCUUUUUUUUAUGAAGUCGAAUAUUUGCUUUCUUUCUGUAUAUGUAGAAUAUGAAGCAAUAGAUGAAAAUCCUGCUGCUGUGGAUAAAAAUGACAAUACUGUACUGUACUGUUUUUUUUUUUUUUACUUUUGUUUAUUAAAAUAAACAUUUGAAUGCAUUCCA